GCUCUCACCUUGAUGAACUUCCUAAAGUUACAUGUUACCCCUACCUGAUUCUUCGGGGAGCUUUGUUAGCUUCGUAGCACCUGACCGCGAGCAGUGUGACCCCAUGUCUGUGCCAACUUCCUGAACAAUUCAGAUUACGGAUACAUUCAAUGGACUGGAAAAUGCUAGUAUGUAGGAGAAUGGGCGAUAAACCUAGUGGCGCGGCCUUAGAGGAUACAUUGCUUGGGAGGAUACUACCGAAGGUUUAUUCCACUGUGGGCCUCAGAGAGAAAUCCAAUAAAACACCCUGAAGGUGGUUUUUCCCCCAUUGAAUGUGGAAACACCUAGUGUUCCUGGUCCAACGACCAAUCAUUCUGAGCUGCAAGUUGCCCAAGACCCCCUCGCGUUUUAAUCAUUGAGAUAAACUAUUAUUCAAACUUCCUCGCAUUAUUUACUUCAUCAUCUUCGAAUGGUUUUCAGUGAACCCGCGCUCGGUCCGGUUCGAUUCCCUCGAUGGCUUCAAAUCACCUCGUUUUGAUCCACAUCGUAAUCUUUCCGUUGAUUCACUACCCGCAGUCGCCAGAGUUCUCCGCAAUACAGCUGGCUAUUAGCACGGUCGCGAGCGUGUAAAAAGCUUAACAAGUCCAGGCCCACAGCAAUUCUCAGGGCUUAAGGCCGCCUUUGGACGGACUUACCUUUUUCACCGCAUGAACUCUAUGCAACGUUCGUUUCUCAAGAAUUGCGAAAUGAACAGAUAAAUUACAGAGCGAAGGAGAUGUUUGAACCGGUGGCACAGUUGAUCUUCCUCAGAGCCCCGUGAGCGACCCUUCAUUCAUCCCUUCAGGGAUGUCUAUUCCGCUUGACUUCCUAUGCCCAUCGAAAUCUUCAGGCGACGCUUCUCUGGGAGAGCUUCUGGCAGAACGUCUAGAGCGAUCGCCACAUGUUCGAACUCUGCUAGACUGCCUCUGCUCCACACAUAGCCCUGCCAUCUUUUCCUCCGAUCCUUCGUUGCCUCCUCUGCUCCAUGACGAUAUUCACUCGUUCAUUCGUGGGUUCUCCAUACCACUUUCUUCAUCCAGUUCGCCUCUCGGACCCAAUGAUAGAGUGAUCAUCGCUUUACCUACCGGUCCGGUGAGUGCUGUGGCCCUCCUUGCGAUAGCUACCUAUCAUACGUGCGCCCCUGUGAAUGCAAGCUGCACCACUGCUGAGAUCAGGGAGGACGCGCUAAGGUUGGGGAUAAAGGCCAUCGUGACGACCGAAGACUCAGUUCAACGUCUAGAGCUACGUCAGCUUCGAGAACAAAUUGGGUGCGACGUGGUGAUCCUCCAUGACAGAGAUUCCGGCCCUCCUGGAUUAUUCGAUAUGACCAUCCUAGACGGGGGUGAAGUGGUCCGUCAUGUGUCGCCCAAGCCGCCUUCUACUCCUCAUGGACUUGACGACCAAUCCCUAAUUCUUCAUACGUCUGGAACAAGCGGGAAGAAAAAGGUUGUCCCUUAUACUCUCCGCUCGUUGCUUAUAGGAACUAUGGCGGUCGUCGUUUCUUGGGAUUUGAGGCCUUGCGACGUGAACAUGAAUAUGAUGCCCCUGUUCCAUGUCGGUGGUAUUGUACGGAACCUUCUUGCUCCUAUGUUGUCUGGUGGAAGCGCCAUCAUGUGCCCGGGGUUUGACGCGAUAAUGUUUUGGGAUAUAGCAUCCAAGUUGAACUCGACCUGGUACUACGGUGCACCUACUAUACACCAUGCUAUUUUAGCAUCGCAGCCUGAGGAGAUCCUUCCAUCCCGCGAUCUAAAGAUACGAAUGAUAUGUAACGCCGCAGGAGGCCUACUUCCGUCUCUCGCCGCAGAAUUGAAACAAAGGUUCGAAGGUGCAGUCAUCCUACCUUCAUAUGGGAUGACAGAAUGUAUGCCUAUCGCUUCCCCACCCACUACAUAUCAACUCGAGCGACCCGGUUGUUCGGGGGUGGCUUGUGGUCCAUAUUUAUCGAUAAGAGAUCCUAAAAAUAUCGAGAACGAACUCCCGUCAGGAAACACGGGUGCCGUAUGUGUUCGCGGCUACCCAACGUUCCGAGGUUACGAGGUUAGUCCCGAUGUCAAUGUUCCCCUUGAUUCAUCCGCGUUCUCGAGCGAGGGGUGGUUUGACACUGGAGACUGCGGUCAUAUGGAUUCCGAUGGGUACCUUUACAUCACCGGUCGGUCGAAGGAGAUCAUCAACAAGGGAGGUGAAGUGGUUUCACCUUUCGAGAUCGAGGAGGCCAUUAUAGCUACCGCCAAGGGACAUGUAGAGGCGACGCUGGCGUUCUCAAUUGCACACGAUGUGCUUCAGGAAGCUAUUGGCGUUGUGAUCGUCCCAGUGGAAGGUCGUCAGCGCAUCGGUCUUCCUCAGCUUCAUGACCUUCUUGGAGAACAUCUACAUCCAUCGAAAUGGCCGCUCGUUGUGGUCUACAUGGAGGAUUUGCCGAAAAACAGUGCUGGGAAACCCCUUCGUAUCAAUCUAGCCACUCGUUUGGGGCUUCAGUGUUUUACGGACAAUACUGUUCUACUCCGGAGACACUUCGAAGCUCUGGUUCCUUCCGCACAAGCGCCGCUUUCACAGGCUAUUGAAUGCCUAGCUGUAUCUGUCGAUCUUGAUGCCAUAGAGCAUGAGCUUCUCAGUCUCGAAGGUGUGGAAGAUGUGGCAGUUCGUUCUCGAACAGAUGGUGCUCUAGAAGCCUUCCUGUUCGCCAAAUCCCAGCCGGGAUUGGAUGCAGAAUCGAUUACGCGCUCCCUACACAAUCUGGUACCCGGAUAUAGUUUGCCACAAAUCCACCUAACAUCCUCCCCACUGUCGAGGAAUCCAGAUGGCGCGUUUGCUUUCGACCGGAUGGAACUCGCUGCCCUGCAUCAUCACGUCCGGAUGUCGUUUCAGGAGACAAUAGUGCGGGACAUCGUCGCAGAAAUAUUGUCCAUUGAUGUCGGGAUGAUAACUCCGCAAUCCGACUUUUUUUUGUUAGGUGGCAACUCACUAUUACUCGGAAAAUUAUCCUACAUCAUUCGGAAGAAGACAAGGGUGACCGUACCUAUAGCUGCUAUGUUUACAAACCGCACGAUUGCCGGUAUCGCUUCGCUCAUCGAAGCUGAAGAAAUAGGUUGGACACCCGCGCCAACGAUCGACGAGAAGGCGGGCACCACCAAUGCGACGAACAGCGGUACUGACCUUAAUCCAGAGUUCGUCAUCUCAUUGGAAGCCAAUGUUGCGGGAAAGCGGGGUCGUGGACAACACCAUCCUCUGGUUCUUCUCGUCCAAUCGAUUCCAAUGAUAUUCUUCUAUCCGUUGAAAAGCGCCCUCAGGUGGACGUUUCUACUAUUUAUAAUAUCCCGCAUGUCUUUAUUUCGUCGCGGUGUCUUUUACGAGAAGAUGGGGGUCCUUUUGUUCGCGAUCGUAGUAGCCAGGCUUGCAACUCGACUCAUCGCACCCCUCGGGGCGAUUCUUUUCAAGUGGAUUGUCAUUGGGAAAUAUCGACCGGGGACUUACCGAAUGUGGUCGGGAUACUAUCUUCGAUGGUGGAUCGUGAACCAGAGUAUUCUAUCGGCAGGGAAAGGCAUCUUUGCCUCGCAUCCCGUUCUCCAGACGUUGUACUACCGAUUACUUGGGGCCCGGAUCGGCCGGAAUGUUUCUAUAGAUGGACAUGCGCAACUAGGCGAGUUCGACCUUUUAUCUUUUGGAGAUGGCUGUCGGAUCGACUCUGCCACUGUUCGGGGGUUCUGUGUCGAGAGGGAAGGCACCUUUCGGUUGGAACCCAUCAAGAUUGGCCGCGACGUUGUAAUCAACACGUAUACCUCGAUAUCUCCAGGUUCUGUUAUCGCAGAUAAUACAACUUGGGGACCACAUUCCUCCUCAUUAGAGGAGCCUCUCUCAAGUUCCUAUAUUACCUAUAAUCGAACAUUGUUACCAGAGCCGAAAUGGCCGUUGAAGGUUUUUGUUGCAUGGCCUGUAAUCUUCUUGGUUAAUUUCACCUCGUAUCUCCCGUGGUUUGCUGUCGUAUGGCUAAUCAUCUACCGAACAGAUGCAUUGAAUGACGAUUUUAAUGCUCUACUCUCGGUCAUUUACUGGUUCGCAGCACCUCAGCGCGUUCUAUUUCACAUAGUUGCAAGAGUCGUUCGAAAAACUGUUAUUCCGAUUCUACAAGUCUGCCUGGGAAUAGCGGUCAAGCGGUUGCUUGGGUUAAACAAGGAGUGUGCUACAAAGGAUGCAUCUCAGAUGUCGUUACUCAGAAGAUUCAUCAACUCCCGUCUACUCUCAAAGAAGAGGUUGAAGACUACCUUUGAUAUUGUUGGAACUCACUAUGAGGUCGUUUCGGUCGUAUACCGCCUCAUGGGCGCAAAAGUGGGACAACGCGUUUACUGGCCUGGAUCUGGUAUCUAUUGUUUGGACCCAGAACUUCUAGAAGUAGGGGAUGACGUCAUCUUUGGUUCUCGAUCUCAAUUCUUUACCACCGAUACACUUGGUAGUGCAAAGAUUACGAUUGGAAACGGAGGUGAAAGUCGAUCCAGCGAACCCGUCUACACCUUGAAUCUUAUUUUUCAUGCCGCCAGCCAUGAUUGCGGACCGCGUUGUACUACUUCCUGGGACUCGUGUAGGCCACCGGGCGGUCAUGGGUUCUGGAGCCUUAAGCAAAAGAAAUACAUCCUAUGGAGACAAUUCUGUCUGGAUGGGAAAUCACCAGGGUGAAGCUAUUUGCUUCGACAAUGGUUUUCUCGACAAGGGAGGAGACACGAUCACUCCUUUCGGUCGCGCAUUUUACGAACGAGAAGCAGAAUAUUUUGUCUUCCCAUACUUCCUCGUCAUACUGCUGAACGUGGUAGUGACUACUUGUUACGCGGGGUUCUGGUCUCUAGCGGGAGUCAGUGCAGCGCAAAUCCUACAGCAACUCCAAACCCAUCUCCCACAGAUCAACUUUUUCGUUCUAAAAUGGUAUACUUUUGGCGUCUUAUAUGGACUUGUCGCUAUCACCUUCGUGGUCGUCCUGAACAUUCAGGUCAUGAUCACGCUUCUAUGGGUUGUAAUCACCAAAUGGACCGUUAUUGGCCGCCGCCGUCCUGGUCAAUUUCACUGGGACAAGAGCACCUAUUGUCAACGUUGGCAGCUUCAUCUUACACUCAGUCGUCCGCUCUACAAAGGUUGUGGAAAAUUUGGCCUAUUGUCUUCCAUUAACGGGACUGCAUUUAUCGUAUGGUUCUACCGUGCCCUUGGAGCAAAGAUCGGUCGAGACUGUGCAAUCUUCCCCUCCGGGAGGUCGGGCUUGAUAACAGAGCCUGACUUGGUAGAGCUGGGAGACAACGUUUCUCUCGAUUUUUGUUCCGUCGUCGCGCACCUCAAUUCCAGAGGAAACUUUGAGCUGAAUGGUCUCAGGAUUGGGAACGACUGCACGUUACGUUCAGGGUCGAGGCUACUCUCAGGGGCUUCAAUGGAAGAUAACAGUAUGUUGUGUGAACAUACAUGCCUUCCUUCUGGGGAGGUUGCGGACAAUGGGGAAGUAUACGUUGGCUGGCCGGCAAGGCGAAUCGAAAGCGUCAAACAGGACACUAUUAUAAACGACAGCGAAGGAAAGACUAUGUAAAGGAAUGCUAUUUACCGAGGUGUACUAUGUGGACUUUACGG